AUGGCAUGUCCAGGUGGACACGGACUCAAGUUCUCCAAGAUCACCUGGAAUUGUGCUGGAGGAAAGGAGGAAGUUCAGGAGACAGCGAUCAUGACCACAACAGCUCAUCCUACACACAUACCCGGUUGCGCUGCACUUACAAAUCCCGUCAACUAUACAGGGCUGUGCCCUGACAGAGAUAUUUCAGAGCUUGUCACCAGAAACGUAUUUAUGUGGAUGCGAGAGAUGGAUGGCUUUCCAAUCAGCGAGCUAGACAUAUACAAGCAUGGAUGGUUUGGCGAUGGUGACUCUGAUGAUGACGAUAGCAACUGUGCCGAAGGAGAUGGUGGUUCCACAAUUGACUGUAACUUGAGUGUUACAGUUGGAGGUUAG